AUGGCGGGGCGGCGGCGGGCGCCGCCGCUGCUGCUGCUGCGCUGCCUCCUGCUGGGGCUGCUGGGCGGCGGCGGCGGGGGCCAGCCCGGCGGCGGCGAGUACUGCCACGGCUGGGUAGACGGGCAGGGCGGCUACCACGAGGGCUUCCAGUGCCCCGAAGGCUUCGACACGGCGGCCGCCACCAUCUGCUGCGGCUCCUGCGCGCUGCGCUACUGCUGCGCCGCCGCCGAGGCUCGCCUGGAGCAGGGCGGCUGCACCAACGACCGGGAGCCCCCGGACCCGGGAGUCACCGCCCAACCAAUCUACGUUCCAUUCCUCAUUGUUGGAUCAAUAUUUAUUGCCUUCAUUAUUGUGGGCUCACUGGUAGCUGUUUAUUGUUGCACAUGUUUGAGACCUAAACAACCAUCACAACCAAUACGAUUUUCUCUGCGGAGCUAUCAGACCGAGGCUCUUCCUAUGAUCCUGGCCUCCACAAGCUUCAGGACACCAUCCAGGCAAUCCAGUACCGCGACAAGUUCCAGUUCAACCGGCGGCUCAGUUCGGAGGUUCUCCUUCCCCCGGGCAGAGCCAGGGUGCCUUGUGGCAUCACCACCUCCACCGUACACAUCUGGCUGCUUCCAGACAGCCCACACAGUCCACCUGACCCAGCCAACUGGAUUUCUGGUGUCGCCACCGUACUUUGGGUAUCCUCUCCAGCCAGAGCCUGCCUUGGCUGGGAAGAGCUGCUCUGAUUUUACUCAGAGCUGAAAAGAGUUGUGAAGAAGUAACACAGCCUUCAGAAGCAGAGGGACUGCUGCUGGUGGGUGUCACACUGAUGUGUUCUGUGGCUGUAGAAGUCAGAACUGUUCCCGUGGGUGAGUUGCCCUUGAAAAGUGCAGAGUCUCGCUUGGGAUUGCAUUUCUCAAACUUGGAUCAUACUUACAAAUGAGCUGUAAAACAUCCCAAACUGUUGCUCUAAAAAUGGACUGCUCUGAUCUCUCGGCCUAAUUUGUGCAGAAUGUGUUUAGAGACAAGUAAAAGAACCAUUUUGGGAUAAAGGUACUUAUUUCACAGUGUAAUAAGUAACAUUUUACUAGGGUAAAAUGCAGUUAACUUAGUUAACAAACAGUGGCUGCAUUCCACUGAUAAUAAUCAGACUAGUUGUAUAAAGCAGCAAUAAGCCUGAGAAGUAAGAGAGAAGUAAUACUUACUAAAGAGGAUACCUGAAACAGCUGACUGCUUACUACUUCCAUGAGCAAUUAAAAGGAAGAAUUUUAUUAGAUAUCAAAAUGCACAGAUUUUU